AAUACAAACUAGUUUCAAGGCGCAAUACAGGACGACGCAACUCGUUUCGAUUCCGUAACAAGUUUUACUUGUUAGAAAAUUUAAGAAUUUUCCAUCCAAAACAGCGCAAACCUAUCAAAUGCCUCAAUUUUGACAGAAUUAAUUGAUUCAAAUCGAAAAUGUUCAUCCGUAUCUAGAUAGUUUGCAAUGGAGCGCUUCCCAUUAAAGUCUUCUGUAUCAAAAAUGGCAACCACAUACCAGUCUGUUUACAAAAAGGGUACAAAUGAAGGCAACGGUCACGGCGGGCCCAGCGGGGACGAUGACAUGGUGAACAUAAAGCCGGGGCCGCACCGCGCGGCCGACACGCCCACCACGCCCACCAGCCACGGCACCUUCCAACUGUACGAGCACGGCACGAGGUACAGCGACGCAAGCGCUACUUCGUACAUCGCUCAGUACUUCAGUUCUUCGGCUGGGGACGCUGUAAUGUUCUCCGGACUGCCAGGCGAAGCAGAUGACAUCCCAGGAAUCGGACAAUAUGACGAUUUCCACACAAUUGACUGGCAGAGGGACAUUGCCAGAGAUCGUAUGCGACACAGAUACAUAGUUAAGAAGAGGCAGGAUUCAAUAUGGGAUCUUAUAAAGGGCGCUCACGACGCUUGGUCGGGCUGGGUGUGUGUUCUACUAGUGGGAGUGUGUACCGGCGUAGUCGCAGGCGUGAUAGACAUCGGUGCCUCGUGGAUGACGGAUCUGAAGUUCGGUAUAUGCCCGCAGGCCUUCUGGUUCAAUAGGGAACAGUGCUGUUGGUCCAAUGAUGAAAUCACAUUUGAUAGAGAGAAUUGCUCUGAGUGGUUAACAUGGCCUCAAGUGUUUGGUGAAUCCCGGGAAGGUCCGGGCGCGUACAUAAUCAGUUACCUGUUCUACAUCGUGUGGGCACUGAUAUUCGCAGCGCUGUCCGCCUCGCUGGUGCGAAUGUUCGCGCCGUAUGCGUGCGGCUCCGGUAUACCGGAGAUCAAGACAAUCCUCAGCGGUUUCAUCAUCAGGGGAUACUUAGGAAAGUGGACACUCAUCAUCAAGUCCGUGGGGCUGAUACUUUCUGUGUCCUCCGGCCUCUCGCUGGGCAAAGAAGGUCCUAUGGUCCAUAUUGCGAGUUGUUUGGGUAAUAUUCUAUCGUACCUGUUUCCGAAAUACGGACGCAAUGAGGCCAAGAAGCGAGAGAUAUUGUCGGCAGCAGCUGCCGCGGGAGUUUCUGUGGCAUUCGGAGCUCCCAUUGGUGGAGUGCUCUUCAGUCUUGAAGAGGUAUCUUAUUACUUCCCACUGAAAACUCUAUGGCGUUCGUUCUUCUGUGCGCUCAUAGCUGCAUUCAUCCUGCGUUCGAUCAAUCCGUUUGGAAAUGAGCAUUUGGUACUCUUCUACGUGGAAUACAACAAGCCGUGGAAGUUCUUCGAGUUAAUACCGUUCGUCGGCCUUGGCAUUAUUGGGGGCUGCAUAGCAACAAUAUUCAUAAAGGCGAACAUCUACUGGUGCCGCUACCGCAAGUACUCCAAGCUCGGCCAGUACCCCGUCACCGAGGUGUUGGUGGUGACCCUAGUGACUGCCAUCAUCGCUUACCCCAACCCAUACACGAGGAUGAACACCAGCCAGCUGAUAUACUUGCUGUUCAAUCAGUGCGGGAUAUCCAACACUGAUCCUCUGUGUGACUACAACCGCAACUUCACCGACGUGAACACGAUCGAGAAGGCGGCGGCCGGUGAUGGCGUGUACCGCGCGAUGUGGCUGCUCACCCUCGCGCUGGUGCUCAAGCUGGUGAUGACGGUGUUCACCUUCGGCAUUAAGGUGCCGUGUGGCCUGUUCAUACCCAGCCUGGCGCUCGGUGCCAUACCCGGCAGGAUUGUGGGCAUCGGCGUGGAGCAGCUGGCGAACAAGUACCCGAAGAGCUGGCUGUUCUCCGGCGAGUGCUCGACGGGCGACGACUGCAUCACGCCCGGCCUGUACGCGAUGGUCGGCGCGGCGGCCGUGCUCGGCGGCGUCACUAGAAUGACCGUAUCGCUAGUGGUGAUAAUGUUCGAGCUGACGGGCGGCGUGCGCUACAUCGUGCCGCUGAUGGCCGCCGCGAUGGCCUCCAAGUGGGUCGGCGACGCGCUCGGCAAGCAGGGGAUAUACGACGCGCACAUAGCCCUCAACGGGUACCCGUUCCUGGACAGCAAGGACGAGUUCCAGCACACCUCGCUGGCGGCGGAUGUCAUGCAGCCGAAGCGCAACGAAACACUAUCCGUGAUCACCCAAGACUCCAUGACGGUGGAUGACGUGGAGACCCUGCUGAAGGAGACUGAGCACAACGGGUAUCCGGUUGUGGUGUCCAAGGAGUCGCAGUACCUGGUCGGCUUCGUGCUGAGGAGGGACCUCAACCUUGCUAUUGCGAACGCGCGGCGCACAAUGGAGGGCAUCACCGGCCAGUCGGUGGUGGUGCUGGCGGGCGCGGCGGGUGCGGCGGGCGCGGCGCUCGGCCACGGCCCGCCGCCCCUGCCCCUGGCCCGCAUCCUGGACCUGGCGCCCAUCACGGUCACCGACCAGACGCCCAUGGAGACAGUCGUGGACAUGUUCCGCAAGCUCGGCCUGCGGCAGACGCUCGUUACGCACAACGGGCGUUUACUGGGCGUGAUCACCAAAAAGGACGUGCUGCGACACGUGAAGCAGAUGGACAACGAGGACCCCAAUUCUGUACUCUUCAAUUAAACUCCUUACUAUCUGUUGACUUCACAUUACAGCUUCACAAAUGUUCGGUUCUAUACCGCGUGUAAUGUUGCUGAAGAAUUUUUUAUUGGCAGGAUAUGUCUGUUGACAAUGUGGUUCAUUUUGGUGAAAAUAAUUAUGGUUAUUUCAGAGGCAACAUACAUUCGGUACAAUGUUUUUUCGUUUUUCCUUAAAGAUAUGCAUAAUGGGUAAAUAAUCUGAGCGCUUCAAACUAUAAAUAUUAAAGUGGAGUAUAUUUGUUACGUAUGCAGCACAUUUAUAUGCACAUCCAACUAAAAUACACAAAUAUUCUUUCCAUAGUAGAAUUAUGAGAUAAUACCAAAAAAAAAUGUGUUUAUCAGGCAUAAUUUUGUUAUAGUCAAUGUUAGAAUAAUAGUAUAAGUUCAGCAUUUGUACUACUGCUUGCUUUAAAUUUGAACAAAGCAAUAAAAAAAUUAUUUUCAUUAACCAUUGGUUCCAAUAGCAAAAACGAUGCAAACAAAUCUAUCGCCUCACAUUUAAAAGACAUUACUUCUUAUGCAGAUUACACAAUCGUAAGAAAACUGUGUAAUCAAAAAACCGUAUUUGUUCAAAGCUGUAAAGCUAAAUUGUUAUAGAUAAUUGUUUGCAGCAUACUGUUUUGUAAUGAACAUACACAAUGAAGCUGGCUGUAAUGUGAGGUUUUCAAGUAAGUCUGUCAAUUGGGUAACUGAAAAUUGGGAAAUUUAUAAUUUUUUUUUCCGCAAUGCAAUGUAAUGAUAUAUCGUUACCUUUUUACCUAUUUCAGGUAAUCUCUGUUCUUAUGUAGCCUUAAUGAAUUGUAUCUGUUACCCCGUUGCACAGCUGCGUCCGAUCCUUUCAACUUAAGUUAUGCUAUUUUUAUUUUUUGUACUUGUUGUAAGUAUUUUUUAGUUAGAAUUGAGUUCUAAAAUCAAUUUGAAACUAUUUACACGAAAUUUUUAAUAAGAUUUUAAGUGUGAAGAACGUAUAUUAACAUUUUUAUAUCGACCUCUACACUACAUUGUGAUAUACUUAUCUGUUUGUAUAUUGAAGUGAUUUUAUUUUACACGAAUUUUAAAAUAGAAUUCAUCCAUCACGAGGAGAUCAUAAUCACAAAUCUGUAGCAUAAGUGUCUAUUGAGUUACAGUAUAUCCGUGAAUAUUAUUGAGGGCAAUAAAUUAAUGCAUAAUAUGUCUAUUGGAAUUUUGUAAGACGUAACUCCUUUAUAACUUGUACAGUUUUCUUAGUAGGUUCAAUAUUUUAGUUAUGUUUUUAUCACUAAAUGUUAUAAUUAUUAUUGAAUUAGAAGCGUGUGAAAGGACUUAAAAUUAUAAUUAUUUCAUAAAUUAGAUAAAUUGACCAAUGCUGUUAUCAUUAUUAACAAUUUUCCUUGUACCUGCUCCUCGCUGUGUCGGCAAGUGUUUGGCUGGAAUGGUUUAUUAAAAUAUCUUUUAUUAGAAGUGAGCUCUUAUAAUUCGUAUACACAUGCAUGUAUUUCUAAUUAUGUUUAUACAAUGUGAAGUGAUCAAGCUGUAAACAUUUUAUAGAUUUUUCGAUGUAUAAACGUACGUAUAGGAACAUUAAUAUCGUAGCUGUAAGAUCCACUUCGAAGCAUAUUUAUGUAAAUAUAUUACUAUAUGUUACGGUGACCGUAUAUUGGAACUGAUUUUACAAUUUCAAAGAGCGAGGUUUGUGGCCCAUAUACAGUCACCUAUAGUCUCAUUUUAUGUAGCAUUUUAGUCAAUUUCUCGUAUUGUGAUUGUAUUAAUUUUUAAAUAUUUAUAAUGAGUAAAUAACGAGAUAUUACUAAUCAGUUUUAUUUAUUGCACGAUGCUGCUUGUCCUGGAGUCGCGUUGUCUUGCGUCCACAAAAUGUAUCGACUUGUACUCACAUUUACCCAGAAAACGUAUUCUUAAACAACUGAAUGCAGUAACGUUGCGUUAGAUCUGUUAUGUGCUUUAGAGAUAGCAAAAUUAUAACGAAUUAUUUGUUAGGUUGUAGCGUUAUCAACAUUAUCCUGACAUUUUUGUGGACGAAACUUGUGAUGCAGCUUUUUACUAGUUGUAUGCGUCGCUCGCUCUAUGAACACUAUGAAUUUUACACUUUUGUGGCUGCUAACCUAUUUGUAUUAUAUAUUAAAUAUCAAAUAAAAUCGGGAUACUGUUAUUUAUGUAUUAUAAGGUAAGAAUUCUGGAGCUUAGUGUAAUUUAUGAAAUCGAAUUUGAAUUUAAUACGCACGUGUGCGAAUCAUUAGUUCUUAUCGUUUUUUGCCUUAUAUAUAUAUCAUGCAAACAUCAUACAUCUAUAGAUAGAAUAUGAAAGUCGUUAUUUGUACAAAAUCUAGAUAUCUUUAACUCGGAUGCUCAUAGUGAAAUAUCGAACCAUGUAUCGAGCCUAACAUUGCAGCAAUAUGUAGAUUUGUAUGUACAAAAUUACUGAAUAAACUUCUUUAAAAUUU